AUGGCGAGACGAGUCGACGAUCGCGAUCCUGCUAUCAUCUAUUCGACCGCGCCGCCCGGACAGUGGGACUGGGCUUCAAGCAGUGGGGGCUUUCCGUGGGGUGCACCCGAAGAAUACAUGGGCACGACCACCCUAUCGCGAAGGAAAGGAGCGAGGGCAACGUUUUCUUUCGUCGGCUCUUCAGUUCAGGUCUACGGCACCAUCAGCAUUAACGUCACCGUCUCUGCGUCCUCGUCUUAUGCUAUCGACGGAGGUGCCCCGACAUUCUACACAGCCCCCGUGGUGUCCCAGAUCACCUACCAAACGCCGUUCUUCCAGUCGCGCCCUGUCUCUCCUGGAAGGCAUACCCUGGUGAUCCAGAAUGAAGCCGACGAGGCAUGGUUCUGGUUCGACUAUAUCGCGUACACGCCAGCGGACGAGACACCGACUUCUCCAACGAACCCGUCUGCUCCAAGUCCAACAUCAACUUCGACAUCAGCGACCGCGCCUCCUGCAACACAGAUUCACGGGGCAUCAUCAGCUUCGUCGCCAUCGUCGUCUGGCGAUGCUGCUACUGGCAUCUCCCCCUCCUCCCAAAGCCCAAGCUCAUCCUCUUUUUCAUCAAACUCUCGGUCAGGAGUCCCAACAUCUCUAUUACCCCAACCCGACGCCCAGAAUUCUGGCUCGAACAACACAGCGGCCAUCAUCGGUGGUUCGAUAGGCGCUGCGAUAGUUAUAGCAGUCUUGUCCGGUGUUCUCGUCUGGAUGUGCAUGCGACAGAGGCAAAGACGUAUGAUAGACGCGCAGACGACCAUAAACGCAAAUCCGUUUACUGACCCGAAGGCGAACGCGCCCCUUGUGUAUCCUGUCUCAGAUACCUCCGAGAUCCAGCCUGUGUCACCACCUGAGGCUGGUUUCGCGAGGCCGUAUCAUGAUGGCUCCAAUACUAGCGUCACACCGUUCUUCGCCGAUAGUUCUGUUCCGGCUACGACCCCGACCUCAGCGAAGUCACCCACGGAACCGUCUCGGAAUAGUCGAACUACCUUCUAUGAUCCGCCACCUAUGUACCAGCGUGUGUGA